AUGCCUAUUUUCUCAAGUAUAUCAUCUUUCUUCAACAGAAAUAAGAAACGGCUUUUAAUUGCCGGUGGUCUUACCGUUUCAGCAUAUUAUUUGGUAGACCAUUUUGUUCUUCAAAAGUUUCGAGACUUUCAAAAUAAUCUAAAGCAAGAAAUGCUUUUUAAAGAGCAAAUAAGAAGACGGUUCUUACAAACACAACAAGAUUGUCAUUACACUAUAUUGGCGCUAUUACCGGUGUUAACAGAUCCAGUAAUUGAAUAUUUACCAGUGGAAUUGAUUGCUCAGGCCUUGAAGGUAAAGAAGAAUAAUAACAAUAAUUCGCAACAACAAUUAUCUUCGUCAAAUGAGUUAACUGAUUCCAUGCUUACAACUGAUAACUUAAACAUUCAUGAAAACACAGAGAACCAACAAUUACAACAAUAUAUGGGUCACCUGAAAACUCAACUAUGGAAUUUAUUAAAGAUUAAGACUUUAACAAGAUCUUUAAGUUUACUCUAUUCCAUUAGUGGACUUCUUUUGAUAACUCGGUUACAAUUGAAUAUUUUAGCCAGAAGAUCAUAUUUGGAACUGGCCAUAGUAAUGGCAGGGGGGAAGUUGCCGGCCAACGAAAACAACCAAGCAAACUAUCAAAUUGAACAGAGUUAUCUCAGUUUGAGUUGGUGGCUCUUAAACAAUGGAUGGCUUGCUAUUACAAAGAUGAUUGAAGACUUGGUGAUUGAAAAGUUUUCAACUAUUAAUGCUAGGACAGAAGUACUGUUGUCUGAUUUCAAUGGGAUUCUAAGCGAAAUCAACCAAAGCAUCCAACAAGAACACAGUCAAGAGAUCGUGGCAUGCUUAUUCCCUAAUAAUUACGAUAAUUUAAUUACAACAUUACUUAACACCAACCCUAAUUUGGUUUCUGAGUUGGAUAUGUCGGAUUCCAACUUCCAUAAGUUGAUUUCAGAGACGAACUUUCUUGUCAAUAGUGAUUACUUUUCUGAAUUGUUUUUCAAAUUGAUCAAGAAUAGUCAAGAGACCUUGUUCUCAAAUUUGUGUCUCUUUUUGAAUUCAACUGUUCAACCAGAUAAGUUUGAGUUGAUAAAUGAAAACAAGAAAUAUAAGUUGGCCAAUUAUUUGGCCCAGUUAUCCGUACAAAACGGGAUUAUGGUUGAUAACAACCAUGAAGUGAACGAGUUCGACGAUAUAGGCACCGAACUCUCGGGUAAUAUCUACAUAAAUGGACUCAAUGCAAUGGAAGAGUUGGAUGAGUUUAGUGCUUCUAUAUAUUCCAACUUUGAGUAG